GUGGCUCCUGGGAGGAGCUGGCCGGCGACCGCGCUUGGUUUCAGUGCAUGCCCCCUCCUGGCAGCGAUGACAUCUUUGACUAUGGUGUCUGUGCUGGGCCGCCCGGGCGUGCUGCGGCUGCGGCUGCUGCUCUCGGCGCUGAAGCCCGGUAUCCUCGUCUCACAGGCCGGACCCGCGGCCACGUUCGGCACCUCGAUAACCUCCGCCAAAGUGGCUGUGAAUGGCGUUCAUCUGCAUUAUCAGCAGACUGGAGAGGGAGAUCACGCAGUCCUGCUACUUCCUGGGAUGUUGGGAAGUGGAGAGACUGAUUUUGGACCUCAGCUCAAGAACCUCAAUAAGAAGCUCUUUACAGUGGUUGCCUGGGAUCCUCGAGGCUAUGGACAUUCCAAGCCUCCAGACCGCGAUUUCCCAGUAGACUUUUUUGAAAGGGAUGCAAAAGAUGCUGUUGAUUUGAUGAAGGCGCUGAAGUUUAAGAAGGUUUCUCUGCUGGGGUGGAGUGAUGGGGGCAUAACCGCACUCAUUGCUGCUGCAAAAUAUCCAUCUUACAUCCACAAGAUGGUGAUCUGGGGCGCCAACGCCUACGUCACUGAUGAAGACAGCAUGAUUUACGAGGGCAUCCGAGAUGUUUCUAAAUGGAGUGAGAGAACAAGAAAGCCUCUAGAAGCCCUCUAUGGGUAUGACUACUUUGCCAGAACCUGUGAAAAGUGGGUGGAUGGCAUAAGCCAGUUUAAACAUCUCCCAGAUGGUAACAUCUGCCGGCACCUGCUGCCCCAGGUCCAGUGCCCCACCUUGAUUGUGCAUGGUGAGAAGGAUCCUCUGGUCCCGAGGUUUCAUGCUGACUUCAUUCAUGAGCACGUGAAAGGCUCACGGCUGCAUUUGAUGCCAGAAGGCAAACACAACCUGCAUUUGCGUUUUGCAGAUGAAUUCAACAAAUUAGCAGAAGACUUCCUACAAUAAGAAUGCACACUUGAGUCUUGGUGGUUCCUCAGUGUGGGGUGUGAUCGUGUUGCUCCCCGUUACCAUGAUGCCUUUGAAACUCUCCACCUGAGCUUUCUACCCCUCCCUUCAGUCUUAUCCUGACCAAAUGAGAAUAAUGACAUGUUGAAAACAGCCUCUGGCUUCGGGCGGUGGCUCACGGCUACCAUCUCAGCACUCUGGGAGGCUGGGGUGGGAGGAGCAUUGCUUGAGUCCAGGAGUUCAAGACCAGCUUGUACCACAUAGGGAGACGCUGGCUCUACAAAAAAAAAAAUUUUUUUUUUAAUUAGCCAGGCAAAGUGGGACACACCUGUGGUCCCAGCUGCUCAGGAAGCUGAGGUGGAAGGAUCACUUGAACCCACUUCAAAGCUACAAUGAGCUGUGAUUGCAUCACUGCACUACAGCCUGGGCAACAGAGUAAAAAAAAAAAAAAAAAAAAAAAAUGGAAUAAAGCCUCUGACUUCAAUAGCUAUGAAAAUUAAGUCUGGUUUUCUAACAUGAAGUUGUGACAAGUUAUACCAUUGUCUUAAAAGGUAGAUUCCUGACAUAAUUUACUUUCAAAUAAAUUUUAGGUGGAACAUUUGUAGUGUUAAUGUUGGAGAUUUUAAGAAAUCUUGAAUUUAUACUGUACCUUUAAUCUGAGACAUUCAAGCCUCACUCGUGUUUUUGUGUUUCUCUACCACAGUCAAAGAAAAGUAGGGAAAAUCCAUGCCUGAGUUCUUCAACUGUAAGAUCACAGGAUGUCCGAGAACAGCAGCCAGUAGGGCAGGUUUGCCCUGUCCUCAUAUCCCUCUUUACUCCUGGUUCACUUUUGAGAGAUUAAUACUUUGGACCAGUAAAGGUGAACAAAAUGUAUAUUUUCAUUGCUCUGUACUAAAAGGGCAGGAAUGUUAUUAAUUAAAACAGUAAACCAGAAAUCCUACAUUGCUAUUAAAAUUAAACAUUAAGUACCACAAUAAAAACAGUAACAAGUUAAACCUUGAAA